GGAUGAUUAAGUGCUUCUUCUGCUGAGAGACGACUCGAUGGAUCCACAUGAAGAAGCUGCAACAUAUAUUGUGACAUCAACCUUCACUGUCACCCCAGUCUUAAAUGAUCUAUCAGACAUUCAUGGAGAGCACCUCCCUCUAUGUGACGAUAGACCUCUCAAGAGAACAACAUCCUCCUGGAAAUCAAUCAGACUUAUGAAUAAGGAGUCUCUGGAAAUUUUUAACCAUAAACUGCAGCAUGAAGAUUGGAGUUUAGUAAACAGGGCAGUUGAAGAGAAGGGCAAAAUAAGAAAAUAUUUUAAACUGGAUGCUACAUCACUGAGUUUAGUGGUUUGUAAGCUGCAUAAUGAUCGUGCAGGACAAGGAGAGAGCAGUAAUUGGAAGUAGAAAGUUUUGCAUUUAGAUAAGAUAUAGAACAAGAGGUUUUAUACUAAAGCCUGCAUGAUACAUAAGUUAUGUACUUAGGGCUUCGAAUACACUACCCCAUUAUAUAAUCAAAGUGUUUAAUAAGUAUGUGUAAAACAAUAUUCUGCAGUAGAACUAACCAGAAUAGCUCC